AUGUCUUGUCCUCCCCCGUGGACACCGCUACUUGAUUCAUGCUUAAAAGCAGUAGAGAAAUUGCCAACAUUCACAUUUUGUACAGUAUCACACAACCGGAUCCCUCAUGCAAGAACCUGUGUGUCACGAGGAUGGCUGUUUGACGACAAAUCCACUGGAGUUUUGGUAUUUACCACCGAUAUGAGAAUGCAAAAAGUAAGCGAUCUCAAUGAGACAAACGACGCAUAUGAAGCAUGUUUCUAUUUCCCUAAUAAAAGUACCCAAAUCAGACUGUCUGGAUUUGCACAGCUGUUAUCGCCUAAUCAUACACCCCAGCUUUCUUCGACUCUGCCGCUGAGUCAACCUGUCAAGUCGUCACCACCAUCUUCAGGAUCGUCGUCCCGUUCUGGAUCUCCGUCGGGAAACCCUGGAUCACCAAAUCCUAAUAAUUCAUCAGCACCUGUUGCAGUUCCAGAUUCCUCAUCAAAUAAUACGGCCAAUAACGAAGCUAAAGGUACAUCUUCCUCACCUUCGGAGACGAUAUUAGCUCCAUUGGCGUCUGCUGCUACUUCACGAAAGCACCUUCCACGGUCUUACUAUCCUGUAAUAACACCCUCAUACGACCCAUCUACCGACUACGACUCGAUAUUCCCUCCUCCCACCGCUGAAGAGUGGCUUAAUGAAUAUAAUCGACUGUGGUCCAGCAUGUCCCCUCGCAUGAAGAAGACUUUCAAGUAUCCUACACCCAAAUCAUUGCUUGACGGUUCUACGACGAAAGCUCUUGACUCAAUUUCCCGUGGAGUCGACGGUGCGAGCGAGGAUUCGGGUAAAGAGCACUUUGUAGUGGUACUCAUGCUCGUUAACCAGGUCGAUAUCGUCGUCGAUGAGUCUAUCGGCCGUCGCACUCUAUUCACUCGUGUCCGAUACGACGAAUGGAAAGAGCAGGACCUCAGUCCCUAA